UGGUUGAGCCGUAGCGCUCUUGAUGUCAUGCAGUGGUCGUGCUGCGAGUGGGCCUAUGGCUGCUUCGCCCUUCUGGGAGAUGCUGGUGCUAUUGGCUCAGGAGCCGGGUGUGGAGUGGCUGAAGUUGGUCCUCGCUGGGCAGGCUGCUGUUUCGCUGCCGUGCGGUCAAGGAACAGGGUGGACAACGGCGCGUAGGACCCGGCCGGCGGCGGGGCGAUCCAGGGGCUCCGGGCGGUGCGGGGAGCGCGGUGCGGCGGUGGGAGGGGAAGCUGGUCCUCCUUGGAAACGCUCGCUGGGGCCUCAGCCUCUGAAGACAUUGUCAUUGUUGGAGUCAUCAGGGGAUAUUAGGCUUUGGCAAGCCUACUUUGAGGGGCUGAAGAAAUUCCUCGCCUUUAGGAAAGACAUGGGAAUGCCUGCAGCCUGGCCCAUUCCAGAGGAUCAAGUUAGAGGGUUUUUAGCUGUGGAGUCUCUUUACUCAUCCUCAAAGACACUGAUGUAUGUGGCAGCGCUAUCUUACUUAUCAAGACUGUCUGGUAACCAUGACCCUCUGGAAGAUGCUAUAACCCGUUGUAUAGUAAUGGGGCUGAGACGUCAAGUGGGCAUCCUGAGGGAAAAAUAUGCUCCUAUAACAAUUGAGAUGCUACGAUCUCUCUUAGGAGCUCUGGAGUGUGUGUGUGUAUCCCAUUAUGAGUGCUUACUGUUCCGUGCAUUGUUCACUGUGGCUUUUUUUGGGGCACUUCGAAUAGGAGAGAUGGUGGCAAAGCACCGUAAUGUACUGCAGCCUGAACUGCUACACCUGAGGGACAUGCAGGUGACAGAAAACAGAGUGGUGUUUCACCUGCAUAACUGUCCCAUUGAGUGGGAGAGACCCAUCAUCAGCCUUGCUCUGUCUGGAGAGCCAUGGGUGUGCCCUGUCUUGGCCCUCCAGAGCUAUGUGGCUGUGCAUUCUGGACUUGAAGGGCCACUCUUUGUGCACGGGGACAACAGGCCUGUAACAAAGAGGGAAUUUCUGACUGUUCUCAGAUGGGCCCUUAGGCUGCUGGGGCUACCCCCAGAGCAGUACGGCGUGCACUCCUUCUGGCUGGGGACUAUCAUCACUGCUGCACGCUGCGGAUAUCCCAGGGAAGAUGUCACUCGCCUGGCAAGGUGGCCAUGUGUGUUCCCAGGGAAGUCAUAGCCAUGGAGACAGUGCGCAAAAGAAGCUAGUGGUUUCUUUCUGUAGGAGUUUUAACAACAUAGUUUGUAGUCCUUGGCAGUAAUUUAAUGUUACCAUCUGUAAUGAAUGUUCUACCUCACUGUGGAUAUGGUCUAUGAAGUUCUCUUGCAUUUGUUUUCACCGUCUGUACUGUUGAGGGUGGGGGAUUGUCAAACUUGCUGUGCCCGCAAAUGCUUUUAUCUUGUGUAACUUCAGUUAAUAAAUACUUCCUUUUAAA